GAAAACAAAAAAAAAACAAAAAAAAGGAGAACAUAGUAGUCAGUAGCGAUGGACCCAUUGUACUGAGAUUUGCCCCUUUUUCUCAUUUUUAUUCUUAAUAAUCGGGGAAGAGAAAUGUCUUGAGAUUUAUCAAAUUAAAGAGGUUCUGUGAGUUUCUGAAGAAAGGGGUUGGGAAUGGGGAGGAGAGGAGAGGAGAUGAAAAAGGGGAGUAUUAUAAGCUAAGAAAUUUAUCAUGCUUAACUUGUAGUAACAAGCAGAACUGUUUUUGUACUUUGUUCUUUUCUUUAUGUGCUUUCCUGCUUAUACAUUAGUUUAUGAAAAAAAAUCAGCUAAGUUUCUCAGUCAAAAAACGACAGUUCGUUGCACUAAGCUCCCAUAUGCAAGGACUGCAUUGACUCUAUUGUAUUUCCAGAUACCUAGACAGAAAAGAGAAUAUAGUUUGAAAGAUUUAACUAUUAUUUUUACAUUUUGGAUGUCAACCUUGUCUUUGAGAACCUAUCAUAUUAAAUGUGCUUUCUGGAAAUACUAACAUUAAAAAAGAUUCAAAUUCUCACUGUAAAUAAACCAAUGGUUUUGGACAUCCAUUUUCUGUUAGAUAAAAUAGAAAAGGUUUGCUUUUAGUUUCCAACACCUGUAUGUACUAAGCAAAAUGAUCAAGAUUCAUGCUUAGUUGCAUAUAGCAGUAACCCUUUCUUCAAGAUAAUAAAGCUCGAUGCUCGAAUUUUUUGACAAUUUAUAUUAAGUGAAAGCAAGAACUUUCCAAGUUACUCCAAAGUUCAAGAGGGUAUCUAUGUUUUUCAAUACCAAUACAUCUCGCCUUCAUUUCCUGCAUGUGUGCAAUUUGAAAUGGUGAAUUAGCCAAUUAUAAUCUAAGAUGGGUCGAUCUAGCGUUGAGGCAAUAGAAACAAAAGAAAUGGACUACCAAAGUUUGCCAUCCCCUCAACACCAACAAGCACCAUAUAUGCACAAGGUUGGAGUCCCACCGAAACAAAACCUAUUCGAUGAAUUUAAGACCACUGUAAAGGAAACAUUGUUUGCUGAUGAUCCUCUACGCUCCUUUAAGGAUCAGUCAAGGUCUCGUAAGUUUGUCCUUGGUUGGCAGGCUGUAUUUCCCAUACUAGAUUGGGGUAGAAGCUAUAAUGUUUCUAAGUUUAGAGGUGAUCUUAUUGCUGGUCUGACUAUUGCAAGUCUCUGCAUUCCUCAGGACAUUGGAUAUUCAAAGCUCGCAAAUUUAGCUCCUCAGUAUGGGCUAUACUCCAGCUUUGUUCCACCUUUGAUUUAUGCCUUCAUGGGUAGCUCGAGAGAUAUAGCGAUAGGACCUGUUGCUGUUGUAUCACUAUUGCUAGGGUCUCUGCUUAGCAAUGAAAUUGAUCCAACUACAAAUCCUAAUGAAUAUCGGAGGCUUGCAUUUACAGCUACCUUUUUCGCUGGCAUUACCCAAGCUACUCUUGGAAUCUUAAGAUUGGGAUUUUUAAUCGACUUCUUAUCUCAUGCUGCUGUUGUCGGUUUCAUGGGUGGUGCGGCCAUUACAAUUGCCCUCCAGCAACUUAAAGGUUUUCUGGGCAUCAAGAAGUUUACUAAGGAAACUGAUAUCAUUUCGGUGAUGAAAUCAGUAUGGCGUUCGGCUCACCAUGGAUGGAACUUGCCGACAAUCCUCAUUGGAGCAACCUUUUUAAUUUUCCUUUUGUUCGCUAAGUACGCUGGAAAGAAGAACAAAAAGCUGUUUUGGAUACCUGCAAUUGCUCCUCUGAUCUCUGUCAUUCUUUCCACCUUCUUUGUCUACAUAACCCAUGCCGAAAAAGAGGGAGUCGAGAUUGUGAGACACAUUGAGAAAGGAAUCAAUCCUCCUUCUGUCAGCGAAAUCUAUUUCACUGGUGAUUAUCUCCUAAAAGGGCUAAAGAUUGGUAUAGUAGCUGGAAUGAUUGCAUUGACGGAAGCUGUUGCAAUUGGAAGAACAUUUGCUUCAAUGAAGGACUACCAGUUAGAUGGAAACAAAGAAAUGGUGGCACUUGGAGCGAUGAAUGUUGUUGGCUCAAUGACAUCAUGCUAUGUGACAACAGGUUCCUUCUCUCGUUCAGCAGUAAAUUACAUGGCUGGUUGCCAAACUGCAGUUUCCAACAUUAUCAUGUCUGUUGUUGUGUUCUUGACGUUGUUGUUCAUAACCCCACUUUUUGAGUACACUCCAAAUGCAAUCCUUGCUGCCAUCAUUAUCUCUGCUGUCAUUGGAUUAAUAGACUAUGAAGCAGCAAUUUUGAUUUGGAGGAUUGACAAAUUUGAUUUUGUUGCUUGCAUGGGAGCAUUUUUUGGUGUGGUUUUCGCCUCUGUUGAGAUAGGUCUUUUAAUUGCGGUCUCCAUAUCAUUUGCUAAGAUUCUCCUCCAAGUCACAAGGCCACGAACAGCUAUUCUUGGCAAGAUCCCUAGGACAAAUGUAUAUAGGAACAUUCAACAAUAUCCCGAGGCAACACAAGUUCCCGGUGUACUAAUUGUGAGAGUUGAUUCUGCUAUCUACUUUUCAAAUUCUAACUACACGAGAGAGAGGAUAUUGAGAUGGCUAAUGGAUGAGGACGAGCAACUAGAAUCCGCUGGCUUUCCUAAAAUUAGGUUCUUGAUUGUUGACAUGUCACCUGUGACUGACAUUGACACCAGUGGCAUCCAUGCCUUUGAAGAGUUGCACAGAAGCCUACAGAAGAGAGAAGUUCAGCUUGUUCUCUCAAACCCUGGAAGACAAGUGAUCGACAAGCUGCACGCAUCAAAUUUCGUGAGCCAAAUUGGCGAGGACAAGAUCUUUCUCACUGUUGCAGAUGCCGUGCUAACAUGUUCCUCGAAGUUCCCUGACGUAGUAGUCUAAAGUGGAAAAUAGCAUACAACCAUGGAAACUCACUCGCCCCUAUGCUGGGACUGGGAGAAAGAAAAAUCAGCAAGAGAGAACCAACUUGCAUAUAGCAAUGUGUAGUGAAUCAAAAAGGGACGUUGGAUCCUAAUUAUCAGUGAUUGGUGGGACCUUGAGAAAGUGAUGGCAUUCUAAUCCAGAAGCAGAAAAUGGUUCAUAUAUAAGCCAAUUGUGAUAAUGCUCUUGUUGAGUUGUUAAAGUUGUCUGUAUGUUAGCUACAGUUUAGAUUGUAUAGAUAGUUCAAAACUUUCUUCUCAAUGAGGGCUUGCUAAAACCAAUGUUGGAAUUACCAGGAAUGCAUAUCAUCCCAUUAUAUACCAUUCAUCAACAAUAACCAAGAGGUUAAAGUUUGAAAUAAUGACUCAAUUAACUAUGGCUCAAUCCAAAUUUAAUUGGAGUCAGCUUUAUGAAUCGUUUGCGAUGUUUCCAUUC